AUGGAUGCUGCUCCUGUUCUCAUGGAUGCUGCUCCUGUUCUCAUGGAUGCUGCUCCUGUUCUCAUGGAUGCUGCUCCUGUUCUCAUGGAUGCUGCUCCUGUUCUCAUGGAUGCUGCUCCUGUUCUCAUGGAUGCUGCUCCUGUUCUCAUGGAUGCUGCUCCUGUUCUCAUGGAUGCUGCUCCUGUUCUCAUGGAUGCUGCUCCUGUUCUCAUGGAUGCUGCUCCUGUUCUCAUGGAUGCUGCUCCUGUUCUCAUGGAUGCUGCUCCUGUUCUCAUGGAUGCUGCUCCUGUUCUCAUGGAUGCUGCUCCUGUUCUCAUGGAUGCUGCUCCUGUUCUCAUGGAUGCUGCUCCUGUUCUCAUGAAUGCUGCUCCUGUUCUCAUGGAUGCUGCUCCUGUUCUCAUGGAUGCUGCUCCUGUUCUCAUGGAUGCUGCUCCUGUUCUCAUGGAUGCUGCUCCUGUUCUCAUGGAUUCUGCUCCUGUUCUCAUGGAUGCUGCUCCUGUUCUCAUGGAUGCUGCUCCUGUUCUCAUGGAUGCUGCUCCUGUUCUCAUGGAUGCUGCUCCUGUUCUCAUGGAUGCUGCUCCUGUUCUCAUGGAUGCUGCUCCUGUUCUCAUGGAUGCUGCUCCUGUUGAUGCUGUUGCUCCCGUUGAUGCUGCUCCUGUUGGCUUUGCUCCCCCUUCCUUAAACUCUCAAAACUCGCCUCACACAUGA